CAGUGAGUAGCAGGCAGAGAGUGCUGGGACAGGCAGAGAGCGCAGGAGACACAGCCUCCCUCCUUGUGCUCUAUGAGCCAGGCCCUUUAAACGGGACAGGAUUUACUUGGGCAGCCACAUUAUCCCCAGAUGCCUGGAUCCGACCCACUGGUGCCGCAGCCUGAAGGUGUGACCUAUAAAUAUCCCAUUGAGAGGAGGGCCCUACUCAGAAUAAACUUGGGAAGAGAAGAUGAGGGGAUGUGACCUUCUGAUUUGCUAAUUGUUUCUAGACUUAUCUCAGGCCUGGCUUCCAUGAGACUGGAGAUCCGACGUGAGCGAUCUGCCUGGUGUUGCUCUUGCUUUUCCUGAGGAAGAACAUAUAUAUGGACUCACAUACGCCUAAUACUGAAGGACGCUGAAACUCUCGGACCUGUGGAUUUUCUGGUGCUGGGACCCACUGAGGAUUGAAUUGCCAGGAUGUAUCAGAGUAUAGCUAUGGCCGCUAACCAUGGCCCCCCUGCCUAUGAGGGGGCUGGGGGCUACAUGCACAGUGCUACUGCUGCUACCUCACCUGUCUAUGUACCCACCACCAGGGUCUCCUCCAUGAUCCCCAGCCUGCCUUACCUCCAAACCAGCGGCUCAUCUCAACAAGGAAGCCCAGUUUCUGGCCACAACAUGUGGGCACAAGCAGGAGCGGAGCCUUCAGCCUACAACCCAGGAACCUCUCACCCCCCAGUGUCUCCCAGAUUCACCUUCUCCUCCAGCCCCCCCAUCUCAGCAGCCUCCAACAGAGAGGUCCCCUACAGCAGCCCCCUUGCCAUAUCAGCGAAUGGGAGAGAGCAGUACGGAAGAGCGCUGGGGGCCACCUAUUCAAGCCCCUACCCAGCCUACAUGAGCCCGGACAUGGGUGCUGCUUGGACUGCUUCUCCAUUCGACAGCUCCAUGCUCCACAACCUCCAAAACAGAGCGGGCCCGGCGGCAUCAAGGCACCCAAACAUAGAGUUUUUUGAUGAUUUCUCCGAGGGACGAGAAUGUGUCAACUGUGGAGCGAUGUCAACCCCACUUUGGAGGCGGGAUGGAACAGGCCACUAUCUAUGCAAUGCUUGUGGAUUAUACCAUAAGAUGAAUGGGAUCAACCGUCCUCUGAUCAAGCCUCAAAGGCGACUGUCUGCAUCUCGCCGUGUGGGCCUAUCCUGCGCUAACUGCCAUACAACCACUACUACACUCUGGCGCCGUAACGCAGAGGGGGAACCAGUAUGCAAUGCUUGUGGCCUUUAUAUGAAGCUACAUGGGGUCCCUCGGCCGCUAGCAAUGAAAAAGGAAGGAAUCCAGACACGAAAGCGCAAACCUAAGAACCUCAGCAAGUCUAAAACGCCAACAGGCCAAAACAGCAGUGACAGCCUCACUCCUUCCACCAGCUCCACGAACUCCGCCGGAGAGGAAAUGCGUCCAAUAAAGAUUGAGCCAGGACUAUCCCCUCCAUAUGGCCAUUCGAGUUCUCUAUCUCAGGCAUCUGUACUAUCUACAAUCACAAGCCAUGGUUCAUCAAGCUACCCAAUGUCGAGCUUAAAACUCUCGCCACAGAAUCACCACUCUACAAUCAACACAUCUCCACAAGCCAGCUCCAAACAUGACUCCUGGAACAACCUGGUCUUAGCUUAAAGCACAUACCAUCCACCGCCUCGUAACGUCACUUGAACAUUUACUGUGCUGAUAAGGCGCCAUUGGUCGGUGACCGUGCUAAACUCAUUGUUGAACCUACACGUGUAAUUCAAGAAACCAAAGACUCGGGCGUAAAAAAAGUGAUAAAAAAAAAAGACUUCUUUAAAAAAAAAAGUAAUUUAAGAUUUUGCUGUAAUAGAAAGGAACUGUUUAUACAUUAGACUAUAUAAAUUGUGGAAGAGAUGGAAAGACGUGUAGCUGGGAUAGAAAUUUGGCUAUACAAUGAAGCUUCGUCCUUCACGCAACUUUGGAAACCUUACUUCUCAGUGGAUAAAAUCUCUACAAAAGCCCUGACGUCGCAGCGUAAUGCCGACCAGCUCCCAUUGAUCUACUAUGUAAUUGAUUCAAUCCCCUUGGUAGUCUCUGUCUGUCUGUAGUUCAAUUCAAAUAUUUUACUUUGUAAUUUGUCCAUUUUUUUUAAACAUUUUUCUUUUCAGCAAGGAGAAGGGAAAUAGCUGACAUGUAGGCACCAUUUGCACAGUUACACAAAGGCUUUCUAACAUUUCUUUAACGGCCUUUUUCUGAUGUUAAAAAAAUUCUGAAAUCGCACAACAGAGCUAGAUGCCGCUGUAAACAGAUCAAUACCUCAAACAUAUCUCAUCCUGGAUGGAAUCUUUGCAUCUCUAUAAACUGAAGUGACUGUUUCUGAAAACAUUUUUCAUAGUCCUCUGAGCCUUCCUUGUAGGGAUCACGGCAUUUUGCUCAGUCACAGCCCAAACACAUUGCUGCCUGUAACAAUGACAAGAUUAGAGGUGUAAACACAGAAAUAAACCCAGUAAGGCAGAGAAAGAUAUCCGGUGCAAGGGUAUAUUUUCAUGCUGGGUUUAUGAUAAAAGAUCUGUUCGUGUUUAAUAAGUAAGCCACAAUAUAUAUAGCAAUACAGGAGUGCUUAAUCCUUUUUAAAAUUAAAAUAUAUUGUCCUAGAUUUUCCACAGUAUUGAAAGUAUUUGGAUUGAAAAAGGUAUAGUUAUGCCAUAAAUAAAGAUGCAGAUUUUUUUUUUUUAAUUUAUAAACAGGGGCUCUUUUAUUCCAUUUCCUGACCUCAGACCUUUACUUUACUACUUGUUUAUUUAAUCUCAUAUAUCACUCCAGAAAAAUGAGCGGGUUAUCGAGACUCUUAUUUAAAAAGGUUUAGAAAUGUCUUAAAAUGCAUUUGAUUGGCUAAGUAUAUCCGAUAAACUGAAAUGUAUAAAUCAGGCACAUUGUCAGUGAAGAUAAUAAAGAUUCUGCUUAUCCUCAGCCUAUAAAUCUAAUUUAUUUCUGCUAUCUAAGGGGAACCAAGGCUUCGGCAGAUUAUGUCCAUCUUUAGAGAUAAUGUAAAAAAAUGCUCAGUCAACAACACUUGGUAAUGUUUAAAGUAAAAAUGUUCCAUAUGUAUAAGUAGAAUGUAUAUGUUUAUGGCAGAUAAGCAAGAGCACAUGGGUAAAGGCAUACCCAGAAUUUAUCCUCUCUGCAAAUUAUCCAUGUAAGCUACCAUGUUGCUUGCCUCAGCUGAGGCAGGGAUAUUAUUACACCAUUUCCAAGGUGAAUGCUGCUGCCAAGGCAAGCACUAUGGUUGCUUUCAUAUUCAUUCGUACCUUGUAAUUCUAUAUAGGGAAAUACUUUUUAAAAAAUUACUCACGUGAUAGUAAUACGGAUACUUGCUCACGAAGUGGAUGAAGGUUUAUUGUCUUUCAAAUGCCAUUUUUUUUUAAAAGAACGUGGUGCAACCAGAAGCUCUUGAAUGGGUGUCAGCUAAUGACAAACUGUAAAAAAAAAAAUAUAUUGUGUUUAUUGUUUUGUUUUUAUUUUCAAAGUGCAAUGUUAAUAAUCAUUGAUGUAUAUGAUUUAUGGAAAUGUCUUUAGUAAAGAUAACUAGCUAGAAACUCAGUGAUUAAAGUAGGUUCGGGGGAUAUGUUUAAAUCGUUUUAGAACUGUAAAAAAAAAAAAUAAAAGUUCCCCAGUGUAAAUGUACAUAAUGUAACUAUA